AUGCUGACUGCGUCUGCCGGAGGCGCCGGCGUCACUCCGGGCGCUCCAUCGGUCGCCAGUGCCACGAGGACGCCCUACGACUACAAAACUGUCUUCAGAUCCUGGCUAGCUCGCCCUCCUCUCAUCAGUGACGACCUUUCCUUCUGGAGUGAUCUUCUCAGUUGGCGCCAGGUGGUGUUUGAAAAUAUCAUCAACUGUGGAGCUAGUUCACACAAAUUCGGCCAGGAAAGAACCAAUUUACUCGCAGCGUGUCAGCGCGAACUGGCUCUCUGUCAGAUUCAAUUGGUGCGUGGAUACCGAAAAAAUCGACUCCCCAGUCUUGCUCAACAGAACCUGGACAGAGGCGAUGAGGCGACCAAGAAUUUCGGCUACGCUACGCAGAUGCAGGACAAUCUGCACAAAGUUUGGUCUGUAUACGGCGACUUUCUGGAAAAUGUCUACUCAAGCUACCCUGCAGCAAAACGGGAAAUUGCCGUGUCGACUACGGGCAUCUUUGCCAUGCAAGCUCUGAUGGAAGCCGCGACAGUUGCAGGCACCUCGCAACAUCUGUCGCACUCGGACCUAGCCAAGUGCAUCUGGCUGCUCACACUC